GUCCCACUCCGAUCGCUGGUGCGGGUGUCCACGCCCGUGUGCGGACCAGUGGCCUGGCCGGAGCCGUGCGGCUGCGGGGAGAGGACGCUGCUUGGCUGGGCGCUAGUGGAGGUCGUGCAGGGUGUCUCCUGUGAGCGGGACCCUGGUCCCUGUACUGGAGCGCUUGCAUUUUUUACCAUCCUGCGGGCCCUUCGGGGAAAAGGCUUCCAAAUUGUUCCUCAAAAAUUUUCCUUGCCCUAACAAUCAUUUUCAGUGGUUUCCGCCGUGAGGAAAGUCUGUUCUGGCAGUGCACCUAUGAUUUAUGUUUUAGAAAUAGAUGUUAAACUUUGGUUUGAAUGAAAAAUGUCUCUCAAUCCACCUAUAUUUCUCAAAGAAAAGGAAGAAAAUAAUUCAAAAUUUGUAGAAAUACAGCACUCACAAACUACUUCCAUAGCUGCAGAAGAUCCUUUUCAAAACUUAUGCUUAGCAUCUCAAGAAGUUCUUCAAAAAGCUCAACAAAGUGGAAGAUCAAAAUGUCUCCAAUGUGGUGGUUCAAGAAUGUUCUAUUGCUAUACAUGUUAUGUCCCAGUUGAAAAUGUACCUAUUGAACAGAUGCCACUUGUGAAGCUUCCACUGAAGAUUGACAUCAUUAAACAUCCAAAUGAAACAGAUGGCAAAAGUACUGCAAUACAUGCAAAACUAUUAGCACCUGAAUUUGUAAAUAUUUACACGUAUCCUUGUAUUCCAGAAUAUGAAGAAAAGGACCAUGAAGUUGCACUUGUUUUUCCUGGACCUAAGUCUGUCUCAAUAAAAGAUAUUUCUUUUCAUCUGCAAAAAAGGAUUCAAAAUAAUGUUAAAGACAAAAAUGACGACCCCGACAAGCCAUUUAUUAAACGCAAGAAAACUGAAGAACAGGAUUCGAAUGACAGCAAGUGCCAAGACACAACACUGAAAAAAAUUAUAUUUAUAGAUAGCACCUGGAACCAAACAAACAAAAUAUUCACUGAUGAGCGACUUCAAGGACUGUUACAAGUUGAGUUGAAAACAAGAAAAACUUGCUUUUGGCGCCAUCAGAAAGGAAAGCCAGAUACCUUCCUUUCCACAAUUGAAGCCAUUUACUAUUUUCUGGUAGACUACCACACUGAUAUAUUAAAAGAGAAAUACCAAGGACAAUAUGACAAUCUCUUAUUUUUCUACUCUUUUAUGUACCAAUUGAUAAAAAAUGCCAAAUGCUCUGGAGACAAGGAAACAAGAAAACUUAUCCAUUAGUUUUUAAGAAGCUACUAUAUCAUUUUAUUUUGCUAAAAAUCAAUAAACCUAAAUUGUGCUUUCUUUAUUCUUAGGAAAUAAUAAUGUGUAAUGCCUGUAAGACCAUUUGAAAAAAUAAGGUUUCAUUCAAUUUAUCUCAUAUUUUUUUAAAGGGAGUUAUUUCUAAAGGAAUUUUCAGAGAUAGCAUUGAUUGAAAAACUCAUUUCAGAAGUUAUCUGCUUAAGUUUGGCAUAUCUCAGUUUUAUUACUAUAUUUUAAUAUAAUUAUAUCUAUGUAAUUAGAUCUAAUUAGAUAGUUGUUUAGGGAUCUUCAUAUUUUUCCUUUUCUACCCACUACCACAUUUGGAGGUAAGACAGGUCAGAAUCUUCUUGCUGAAAAUGAAGUCAUAAAUAAUUUGCUGCAGGUUUAUGGCAGACACAGGCAGAACUGGAAUUAUGGCUUCAGUCCCUAGGGUUAUCUCUUUAAGUCUGUACUGCCUUUGAUGGACAUCUGUCGCUUUUUACAUUUUCCUGACAUCUUUUUUUAAGGAGAAAUUGCUGGCAGUCAUGAGGGCAUGUGAUCCAGUUUAGCAAGCAAAAUGCCCAGUGAUUGACGAGGAUGAGCAUAUGAUUUGGCAUCCUUUUUGAUAAGUGAUAUGAAUGCUGUAGGAGAUUACAUUUGUUUUUCAAAAAGCAAUAUGGUGCAGUAGUUACAACUACAGACUCUAGAGCUAACUACCUGAAUGUAAAUCUCAGCUUAGCCUUUUCAGGAUUCUUCAUUUCUUCAUCCUUGUCAGUUUCUUCAUUUCUAAAGAAAUGGUAGUACAGUAGCUCCCUUACAGGAUUAAUAUGAGGAUUAACUGAGUUAAGGUAUCUAAGGAGCUUUCAACAGCACUUGACGUAUACUAAGUGCUAUAUAUGUGUUUACUCUUUUUAUUAUUUUAUCUGAAAAUGCAAAUUAACCAUGCUAUAACCCUAGAGCUGCUGGUGGCAUCUGUGCAGCAGAUGGUAGGAACUUGCCUUAGAAUUAAGCCAGCAAAGGAAAGCAGAGUGGAGAGGUAAGACUGAGUCCUGAGGACAUCAUUUAAUCACCUAAUCUAGCUGCUUAUGAAUGGAACCCUACUGUCCGGGAUAGCUUCUUUUUGGAUUUGCCCUCCACUCUUUUCCAUUCUGCUUUCUGCUCUGUGAGGUGGGUCUCCUUCCCCUCUGCCUUUUUGUUAGGUUCAACAGAUGAAAGCACUCGCAAGAGAUCAGAGGUUGAAGGAAAAUGAAAUUGUGUUAUUUCCCUGGCUCCUUUCCUGCCAGGUUACCAUGGGUUGGCUGUGUACCUCUACUGGAGAUCAUCCUAUCAGGGCAUCUCUUUCCACGUAUUAUCCGAGUUACUGUCUAAUUUCAGGUCCCUGCUCCAUCCCUUUACAGGAAGUAACAGCUCCCAGGUGUAACUAGCCCCAGAGUAGUUCAUUAUUGCUUGUUGGCUUCCUUACACCCUGCCUAUAUACCUUUGUAAAUAGUCAUUUUAUUAUAUUUUUCAAUGUCCCUGUGUGAAGUCGUCCUCUGUUUCUUUUUGGGACCGUGACUGAUAAAUUCAACCUUGUGGAUGCUAGCAAUAAUGGUACAUUUACCUAAGUAUAUUCAGGGCAACAGAUAACAUGUUUUAUGAACAAAUGAGUCCUUGGUGAAAUUUGUUUUCUGCACAUUAUAUUCCCCUCUAGAGAUUCAAAAGAUAGAGCUUAAAAAUGCUGAAAAGUCUUGAAAUAAACAUUUUGAAUUUUAAAUUCGUAUUUCUUAAACUUAUUUGAAUAAGUAAUGCCUACUCACAUCUUGUGGAUAUGGGAUAGUUGGAACAUUACAGUUUAGAACAAUCCCUGAUUAUAUAGGCAGCUGCGACCUAAAGAGAUUAAGUAACUUGCUCAUGGGUCACACAGCUAGUUGUAGGAUCUGGUCUAGCAUCUGGGACUUAUGAUUUGGUUCGGUGAAGUCACCAUUUUAUUAUGCUAUUUCAUAAAAAGUAAUGUGGAUUAUAUAAGGUUUGAACAUUAUUAGUCCCAUAGUUCUAGCCAAAUCAACUGGCUUGCCUAUUUAGUACUUAUUUUACAAGAAUGGAAUUAAAAUAGAUUUCUUCAUGUUUAGAACUUGGCACUGGGAACAGAGGAGGCCUCGAAUUGAUUUAAGCCGGGCCAAAGUUGGAUUUCUCUGGGCUAAAUUUGGACUGCCCUGAGCCAAAAUCUAUUGCCAUGUAACUGGCUUUACAAACCAACUAAACGUAACAGGUAAACGGAGGGGAUUUGCUGCCAUCUUACAGCUGGCGUAAAAAUGAUGACCCACAGACUUUGUAAGAGCCUAAUUUAUAACUAAGGCCAGAUAAAAUCUUAAGUUUUUCCAAAGAAAACAAUAAUAAUACCUUUUAGAACAAUGCAUUGUUUUGUUUUUCUUUGGUAUGAUAGACUGUAAAAAUGUCGCUAAUUCUUUACUUUUCCUGUAUUCAUGGUUCUUUUUCAUUCUCCUUUGAAGUACCCUUUCACUCUGACUCUGGACCAUAUUUAUUUCCAAAGAUCUAAUGAAUUUUUACUUAAUCCUGUGCUUCUGCUGUUGCCAUGAGCACGUACAUGUUUGGGUUAGCCUGCUGGGGGGUUAGAGACAUAUGGAGUAGAACCAAGUUAAUUGGUUACCCAAGCUGAAUCCUGUCUAGAUUAGCUGAUAGCCAGUCAACCCCCAGAUAAGAUGGACGAUCUCCUCUGGGAUCAGCAGAACCACCUGACACCUUUCUGAUUCCAGAUGUGUGAGCAAGGGAUGUCCACUGUGCCACUGAAGGUCUAUAGCUGUUUAUUAUACAGCAUUAUUGUGCCAACAGAUAACUUCGUCUUUAGAUUCAGUAUCAGACACAUCUUCCUCAAGUGCCUUCUCAGAUUCUUGGCUUCUGUUUCCCAGGCCACUAACCACUUAGCCAUAGCUACCACCCUGCAUAGGUAGUGACAGACAGUGAUUCCUCUGCCUGAGGUCAACUAGCCACAUGCUCAGAAUCCCAGACCUAUCCCAACACUUCUGCACUCUAGGAAGCACCAUGCCCCAAGGUUUCCCCAAUGACUGUCAGAAUGGCUAGCUGAUGUAUGUGGAAGAGCAGUGAAGUUAACUGUUCGGAAAACUUGGAUCAAUGAACUAUAGAAAAAAAGCUCUCAGAUCAAUUUCUCUUUCUUCUGAUAGACUGAUCUGAGACACAGUUUUUCACCCUCCUGCCCAGAAAUGCACCAUGUAGCUAAGCAAAUGUACUUGCCAAGUGUGUGGCUGUCUCUUCAUGGCUUUUGAUGAAACAGAAACCAAGUCCUAUACAGUAACUUAUCAGUUUGCCUUUGCUUCUCAUCCUUGAUAGCCUUUCUUCUUCCUAACCUUCACAAGCAUGGAUUGCUCUUUCUAAUAAAGUAAUAUAUUAAAUUUUUGCCUUUGGCUCUCUUUUCUAGGCCAGCCAUGUGUUUUAGUCUGGAUUUGGUGAGGAAAGAAGAUUCAUUACAAGUUUUACAUCAAUAAAGAUGUUUAAUAAAGGAACUAGGGUUCACCCAAAUAUAGGAGUCACUGUGUGAGUAAAGAAUGGGAAGACUGUAGCAGAAAAGGAUUGGAAAUUGUUAUUAACUAGUUCAGCCCAAGAUGUUCCAAGUACUCAUAACUUAGUUUGUAGACAGGUAUAUCUUGAGGAUAUUAGUCUUCUUAUUAGUCUUAAUUAGUUAAUCCCUUAAUCUUUGAGGUAGUUCUUUAGUUCAAGGGAAAGCCAUCCCCUUUCAUCCCUUCAGAGGGAUGGAAAAAUAUGGUAUAGGAACCAAGGGGUGGAAGAUGUGCCCCCCACUGUAUUACCUUUAAUGAACCUAGGAUACUUUGUGCUCCCUGUCUUUACAAUUCUGAAGUCUGCAUAGUGAGAGGUCUUGAUCCCUAAAAGGAC